AUGCCUCCAAGUCUUCUUCCGCGGCUGCCUGGCUACAGCGAAUGCGUUCUACCACCACCGCCACCAUUUCCGGGGUCUGAUCCGCCACCAAGAAGGCGAUUCUAUUCGGCUCCGGGAAAGCUCUUCGACUCAACAGCCCCACCCGCAACGCCCUUCUCACCACGACCUCCGACGGAGGAGAACCGACGCCAAGGCUGCGGAUCGAUUCAUUCACAGGACUCACUACCGCCAGACUAUUCAACUCUUGAAGCUCCGCCAAACACAUUGUUUAAAACUCCCGCGACGCAACCAUGA